GCCAAACUGUGAAGACUGAACCUCCGAGUCUGUAUCGUUGCUGAGAUCACACGCCGUCAACCCUGCACACGACACGUAUACGUUCGGCUCUGAUCCGAGCGCGGCUCGAUUGCAUCAGUCUGCGGCGCUGAGGUCACGCAUUGAUCUUCACCAUGUCGAAAGCACCAUUUGAGAACACCUGGCACCACAGGAAGGUCGCAGAAGACGCGACUAAGCCUUGCAACAUCUGCUAUAAGCCUACCUCAAGCGUCCUCAUCACACCGAACAACAAGGACUUCUUCUAUGUAUGCAUCGGCCAUCUUUCAGACCGCGGCUUUUGCCAGCCAGAUGCAGAUGAAGUCAAGGAGAUGACUGAGCGCAAGAAGAAAGAAGAGAUGGAUCGCGAGAUUGAGAAGGUCAAAAAGGAGUACGAAGAGAAGCAGAGAAUCAAGAAAGAGAAGCGGAAAGCAAAGGAUAAGGACAAAGAUAAAGAGACCAAGAGUAACGAAGAGGAAGAAGAUAAGAAAGACGAAAAAGCAAAGGACGAAAAAAUCAAAGAGCUCACCAAAUCAAGCGACGUAGGUAUUACCGAGUCUACCGCUCGAAUCUACCAUCUAACCAAAUCUUUCUACCAGAUGCGCCUGGAUAAGCUUCGCAACGCCGAGAUCGCAAAGCGUAACCGCGAGCGCCUCCAAAACCCCGCAAGCUUCCCCUCUGUUCCGAAGAACCUGCCAUGAUGCAUGCGUGUCAGAGUGCCUCGCAUGCAGAUCAGCCUUCACCCACCAUACAAACCUCUCUUUAACCCUCCAUCGUCGUUCUCAGCUAGCUUUUCAAGAUCCUGACUGCAGCCAACUCUAACCCUCCGCUGGAAACGCAGUCAGCAAUUAGCGGCCGCGCGACUGGCCAGGCAAAUAAAAAUGUGUUCAUAUGUGUAUCAGGUGGCACGGGUCCAGAUCAUGCAAGAGUUUGGUACAAGAGAUGCAGUCAGCGAGCAGGGUGGUGGACACCCCGAAGUUACGAAUCGUGGGAGAUCUCACGACACCAGACCAGUUAUACUAUGCACCAAUAGAGACAUUUCGCCUGCGAGGUAUUGGGUCAUGGUGGCGGGUGUCCUGCCGUAGCUGUCCGCCAAUUGAAACCCCAUCGCAAAUCAUGUCCGGCUGAUCUUGCCUUGUGGAGCCUGGGACGCAGAUUUUAGACGCAGUUCGCAG